AUGGCAACCGCGAAAGAAAACCGCCGCGUAUCAAAUAAAACAAACGAAGACGACAACGAGAAGAAGAAGAAGAAGAAGAAGAAGAAGAGAAGGAAGCAGAAGAAGGCGACGGAGGCAGGUGGAGGUGAAGGGGAACCAUCGGUAGAGACGGCCGAGGGGAAGGACUCCGCAGAGAGACCGCGUGGUGAUGCUAUAUCCAAGACAGACGGGCUGAGAGACGGCGACGUCGAGGCUGCAGAUGAAACGGCCAUGACAUCAAUUCGAAGCCGGAAGAGAAGGGGAACAGCUGCUGGCGGCCAGGGAACAAGGGCUGAGUAUCGUCUUCCAUGA